AAAAAUAAAAAUAAAAAAAAAGAAAAAAGAAAAAAGGGGUACUCUUAGCUAGAAAGACUUCUUUCGUUGACUUAUAUUCCUUAAAUGUACUGCUCUUAUCCAUGACAAUGGCCACACAAUUAAUCAAUUAUACUAACGGGUUGCAAGAAAAUUGCUAAAAAUUUUCAUAUACUUCUUUGUUAUUUAUUUUUAUUUUAUUUUGAAAAUGAUGGAGGGAGAAGAUGGAGAACCAUACCCAAAUUUGGACACUUUAGCCCGAGAAGGUGCUCAACUUGGAUCUCAGCUUCAACCCAUUUUUCUACCAGAUGAAGCAAGCAUGGAAUUCUUGCAAUAUGGUGUGAAACUAUACCAAGCAGCCAUGAAAGGUGAUUUGUUGACUAUAGACAUGAUUAAGCGUCAAUCCCCUUCUUGGAUCCGCGCAAAGAUUACGAAGGGAGGCGAAACAGCUCUUCAUAUUGCCGCAGCAGCAAAACAUGUUGAGGUUGUUAAAAAGCUCGUACACUUUAUGUCCUCCGAUUCUCUUGCUUUGACAAAUAAGGUCGGAAACACAGCACUUUGUUUUGCGGCCGUGUCCGGUGUUGUUGAGAUUGCAAGAGUGAUAGUGGAGAAGAAUGUCGAGUUGCCUAACAUCCGAGGAAGUCAAGGGAUGACACCACUUUACAUGGCCGUCUUGCUAGGACACCGGGAUAUGGUUUGGUACCUCCUCGACGUCACUGAAGAUAAAUUAUUGACAGAUCAAGACCGCAUUGGAUUACUUAAUAGCUCAAUCAACACGGAUAUGUUUGAUGUAGCAUUGCAUAUUCUUGACAAGAAUCGGAACUUAGCCUUUUUACGAGAUGCUAAGAAUGAGACUGCACUACAUGCGCUAGCUCAUAAACCGCUGAAGCCCAAAGCCCAUCAAUCGAGUAUAUGGAGCGUGAUAUUGGAGCGAUUAAUGAGUAGCAUAUAUCAAGAGAAAAGGGUAGAGCCACAGCUUGCACUUCAACUAACACAAAACCUUUGGGGCGAAGUCAUCAAAUUGAAGGAGGAGGAUAUAUCGAACUUGAUAGGCUAUCCUUGGAGGCUACUAUUUGUUGCAGCGAAAUUAGGGAAGGUGGAGUUUUUAACAACCCUGAUCCGGUCUUAUCCUGAUCUUAUAUGGAAGGUAGAUGAAAAUAGGCGUACUAUCUUCCACAUUGCGAUCAUACAUCGUCAUGAGGAGAUCUUUCAGCUGAUAUAUGAGAUUGGAGCAAUCAAGGACUUAAUAGCUACAUUUAAAGAUGAUCAUGGUAAUAACAUGCUGCAUUUGGCUGCCAAGUUAGCACCUCCUCAUCGACUUAACUCUGUGUCCGGGGCAGCUUUGCAAAUACAACGCGAAAUAUUGUGGUUUAAGGCAGUGAAAAAGGUAGUAAGACCCGAGUAUGUUGAAGCUGAAAACGAGGAUAAAAAAACUCCUCAAACCUUGUUUAGCGAAGAACAUGAAGAAUUAAGAGCCAAAGGAGAGCAAUGGAUGAAGAAGACUGCUGAAUCAUGUGCACUCGUUGCUACUCUUAUAGCUACUGUGGUAUUUUCAGCUGCCUUCCAACUACCUGGAGGUGUUAACGACAAAGGAAGUGCUGUCCUACUGAAAAGUCUAUGCUUUGUUGUAUUUUCCUCGUCGAAUGCAGUAUCGUUGUUCACCUCCCUCGCUUCUGUGCUGAUGUUUUUAUCAAUUCUCACUUCGCGUUAUGCAGAAAAUGACUUCCACAUUUCACUUCCCUUAAAGCUCAUGAUGGGGCUCACCUUACUGUUCGUUUCGAUUGCAACCAUGAUACUAGCCUUCACUGCUACAUUCUUCAUAACUUUUAUUGAAGGUGUGAAAUGGCUUCCUAUUCCUAUUGCCCUGAUCUCAUCUGUUCCUGUUGCACUUUUUGCCUUGCAGCAGUACCCUCUCUUGUUGGACAUUUAUCGCUCAACCUACAAGUCUCAUCAAUUUCUAUUCGAAUCAAGCGAAACAAAGCUUUUCGACAAUUCUUCUCAGCAUGAUCCCUUUGUACAUGCCGCAUCAACGGUAUCCAUAUAUCCAAUUAAGAUUCAUCCAAAAACCUCUAUUACUUCUAACAUACCUUGCCGCAAUCCUUCCCAUUGGCAAACACCCUCGCAGAUAGUAGCACCUUGUGCUUCAGAGAAUUACACUCCCAAAUUUUAUUCCUCAAAUGAUUUGUUUUCAGAAGCUGAUCCUUGAAGCGGAUUUUAAAAUUGGCAAGGAAAAUUAUUCAUAUCAGCUUAUUUGAUCUGCCAGAAGCUUUUGCUCAUCUUUUUUUGAGCUAUUACUCUAAUCAUUUUCUAGGCCAUUAGGCUAUUCAUUUGUUCAUUUAAUCAUUCUUUUAGUUAUUCAUCUGAAUUCAUAUUAAUAAUUCAUUUUCUUUUAGCUAAUCAUCUGUUUUUAAUCCUAGAGUACUGUCAUAAUGAGAGCAAAGAAUUAUGAUUCUUACUAUGGUUAAAUGUAUCAUAUAUGGGCUGAUGUUCUAAUUAAGAAAACAUGAAAUUGUUUAUUAUCAUCCACCAGAUGAUCUUGGCCCACGCCAUAUAAAACCGUCUUUUUUUUCAUUUUUU